UACCAGAAAGUGCCGGGUGUCCGUGGGUCCCCUGCGUUCUCAGCCACAAGAUUUCCUCAUUGCGCCACUCCACUUCCAGAAUUUUCCUUCCCAAACUUGCUGUACAUCUUUUUUAUUUUCUCAAACAAAUUAAAUUUAAAUUAAUAUUCUCGGUCUGACUCUGACGUGGCAGCCCCUGCUUUUACUUUCUUCCUCCUCCAUUUAACUCUGGGUUUCCUUGUGCGCUUCUUCUCUACUCUCGCAUUUCUUUCUUCUCCUCUCUUUACAUCCUCCUUCCCCUCCUCCUCUCGAUUUGGAUUUUCUGUUUUCUUGUAUUGUCCGGCAAUCCGACGGCGGAAUCCGUUUGUUUGUUUCUCGGGAAAGUUUAUUUUCAGUUUUCUCUCCCACUUAGAAAACUGUCGAGACAAAGUUUAUUUUCAGUCUUUCAAAUACCAUUUCAGAUUACAGGUUUGGUUCGGAGUAAACGUGUCGGACUUGUUCUGUUUGAUUUGAGCAGCAAUGGCAGUUGAGAUUGAAGCCACAGGUUCAAACGCCUCUGUUGCGGUUGGAAAUUGCAGUUCAAACGGUGAUGCGCAAUCUAAUGCGGAGAUUUGUUCAUUUGGCAGUGACCAUGCACCCAAGGUUAGGAAACCGUAUACGAUUACAAAACAAAGAGAAAAAUGGACAGAGGAGGAGCAUCAGAAGUUCCUUGAAGCCUUGAAAUUGUACGGCCGAGGUUGGCGUCAAAUAGAAGAAUAUGUAGGCACCAAAACUGCAAUUCAAAUUCGAAGUCAUGCCCAAAAGUUCUUCUCUAAGCUAUCUAAGGAAUCAUGUGGACCUAGCGAAGGCACCAUCAGACUGAUUGAGAUUCCUCCUCCCCGGCCUAAGCGGAGGCCUGUGCAUCCUUAUCCACGUAAAUCAGUGGAUUAUCUCAAUGGAUCACCAGAAAGGUCACCAUCCCCACAAUUUUCGGCUCAAGGGAAAGACCAACAAUCUCCCACUUCAGUACUAUCUGCACAUGAUUCAGAUGUACUGGGGUCUGCUGCUUUCGACCAGCAUAACAGAUCUCCACCCCCGACUUCAGGUACCACUGACAUGCACUCUACGAGCUUAUCCCCCUUUGGAAAAGAGAGUGAUUACGUGGUGUCCAACUCAUCCGCUGACGAAGUGAAAGGGUCCUCGCCAUCGGUCCAAUUGGAAAAAUUUCCAUCCGUGAAUUACAGAUCCGGUUCCAAGCACACUGUGAGUGCUGAAGACGAUGCCGGCAAUAUAAGAGCUUCUGUGAGCAUUAAGCUCUUUGGAAGGACAGUUUUGGUACCAGACUCGGAGAAACAACGUCCACCUGGUGCAGAGGAUUCUAAGAUGUUGACAUCAAAGGUGGAAGAAGACAAAUGUGAGAGGGAGAAUGAUAAGCUUGUUCAAUUAUCAAGAUCAGAUCAAUUAGAUACGAGUUUAACACUCGGUGGGAUUGUUGGCAACGUGGUUUCAUUGGCAUGUGGUGCUACAACAGAAUGGGAACACCAAAAACAUAGCCCUAAUCCUGAAGCUCCUCUGCCAUGGUGGUCUAUGUAUCAUGGUUUUAUGGACCUUCACGUCAGAUCGUGUAACCAAAACUCAGCUAAAAUUACGGGAAGAUCCUUUCAUAGUGCAGUGGAAAGUUUAGGUGAGAGGCACAUAGAGGCUGUCGAUUCAUUACUCGAAGAAACUUGUUCGGUGCCCUGCAGUUCACGGAAGGGGUUUGCAGCGUACAAAAGAUGUUUAGCAGAUGUAAAUAAGAACUCAUCUGCCAUAGUUUAUGAAGACAUGAGGGACCGGCGAAGGGCUCGUGUCUGCUCAUAGUUUCGCAUUCCAGAUGUUCUGUUUUUCAAGUUUAUUGCAAUACGCCCGUGAUUGAAAGUUUACAAUUCGAUAUCUUCCGGUCGGAUGAGGUUGCAGUUUUGGAACAAGCAAUAAUUGUAACUUCCUUUCUGGGUGUAUUCCUUGAACCCUAUUCUUUAAAUGAAAUUAUUAGGCGUCAAUUGAAUAGA